AUGUCGGUCGGGGUAAUCUACUUCCUGGCUGCUGUCACGGCUUUCUGGUAUAGAGACAUCACCCAGUUGGUUGGUCUAGUCAACAUGGUUGCGGCGUUGAAGGGCGUCCUAGUGAAAUGCGAUCCCCCAACGAUGGAAAUCAUUCGGCUGCUCAACGAGACCCGGGACUUUAUCAUUGAACAACUCAACGAAGAAUAUGUUCUGUGCAGGGAGUGCGUCUUUGAUUUCCUCGAGGAAGAAGUGACCAAGCGCCUCGAGCUAGCAGAGCGACAAACAGCGGAGCUCCAACGCGAGCUUCGGCAGGCGCGACAGCAACAGCAACAAGAUCAAGAAGAGUGA